AUGAGCAAAAGCACAGCUAUCCUAAUCAUCACCCUAUUCCCUCUCAUCGCAAUCAUACUCUUUGGCAUUGCCAAACUCUACGUCUAUAUCACUAAACCAACCAUCAUCACACCUAUCACCCGACCAUCCACCAUUGUUUCAUUUUUUCCUGCCAACGUCUCACCCACAGAGUCGUUUGUCGAUAUCCCCCUCACUCCCCCUUCCAACCCUUUAGCUAGAACCCUUGACGGCGUGGAGCCCGAUAGUUGGAAAAGACCUGCACGCGGUUAUUCGCUGGGUAUCACUGGGACAACCGUCUGGACCCCAGUUACUAUACUUUAG